UAUUGCUUCAUCUUCGCGGAAAAUAAAAGAAAAGAAAAAGAAGGAAAAUAUAAUUCUGUGUAUGCUUGGUCGGUUCGAUCAGCGAAGAGAGUUUAUUGUGCCUUUUUUGUGUGGAAAUAAGAAAAAAAAAAUUUAUAAAAGAAAAGUAGAUUUUCAUCUCUUCUGGGUGUAAAUUUCUUUUCAUAGACACGAGCUGAAACAGAAAUUCUUUUUGGAAGAGAUUUUAUACGAAGGAUUGAAGCUGAAUUGCGCACAUAAACUGAACAUUUGUUAAAAAGUGAAUAAGAAAAUUCGUAGAGAAAAUUUCCCAAGUGAAAUAGCAGCUUUCAAGGAGCUCAUAAACAAAUCGAAUUGUCAACAAGUCUACAUGCCGAUUGAACCAAAAUGGACUCAGCUCCAUCAAUGGUUCAUCGUGCCGGCGACACAUUAAUUGUACGUCGUGUAGUAAGCGGUGAACAAUUGGUUCUUGAUCAACGUGGUCAGGCAGUUCAAGAUAACAGUGAUAAUAACGCAUUAUUGGAUUUGAGAAAAGAUCCAAAAGAAGAUCGCAUUGGUGAUAAUAAUAAUAGUAGUAAUAGUAAUAAUCAGUUGCAACAAUCGCAAUAUCCAUUGCCAAUUUCAUUGCCAGCUGCUGUUGUUGCAGCCUUGACAUUACAGGCUGCUAAUUUUAAACUCGAUCAAAGUCGUGUUGAUAAUUUUCAGCAACAGCAACACGAACGACACGAUUUAGACGAUAAUUUGUCGGGAAAUAAAAGUGAUUCGGAUGCAAAUUUACCACAAUGUAAGAUAAAGAGAAAUUACUCGUGCAACAAUUGUCCAUUUUUUACACAAAAUCCAAGGAAAUUUCUUGUACAUUUGCGUGACGUUCACGGUGAAAAGAUUGUUAUAAACGAAUGUAAAUUUUGCUUGUACGCAUCAAGACAUUAUCAGAAGCUCGUGAGACAUAUGAAAAUGGUCCAUGGCUCCACCGAGGGAAUAAAUGAGCCUGGACAUUUUCGACGACGCGAGAAACGUAGACGUAUAAGUGCUGACGCAAGACAAAAACAAAUGCAUAAACAAAUGCCAAGUUAUUCACCAUCAUCAUCGACUAAUGCAGCAGUGGCAGCAGCAUCAAAAACUGUUGAUUUGAAUGCAAUUAAUCAAAUGCUUCAGUUACAGAAUCAACUCCAAUUGCAGUUACAAGCACAAUUACAGAAUCAGUAUCAAGAAUCUCUACCACAAGAUAUUCCAAGUGAUGACGAAAUGGCCAGUUUAGAUAUAUCUAUGAAUAUCUCACCAAAUGGCACAAAAGUUUUUAAAUGCAUUCUCUGUGAAUUUUCAUCAAUGGAAGAGGCACAAUUAAUUCAACAUGAGAAGGAUGAGCAUGCUGGCACGAAAUUUUAUCGAUGCAAAAAAUGCUCGUAUGUUACACACAUAAGUGCACGUUUUAAUAAACAUGUCAAAUAUCAUUCAAUGCCCAUGAUAAAAUGUGCUCUAUGUGAUUUUAGAACUCCGUACAAAUGGAAUCUUGAUCGACAUAUGAAAAAUCAUGGCGGAAAUGGACCAUUUAAAUGUUCAGUCUGUAAUUUUACAGCUGACAUUAAGCAAAGUUUGACUGUACAUGAAAUGAAUCAUCAUAUACCACCACUAGCAAACAGUAUGGAUAUAGAACGAACAAUUGACGAUACACCACCAGAGAAUAUUAACAUAUUUGAUAUGUUUGCCAUCUCUAAUAUAAUGCAAAAUAACGAUCACUAUUUCCAGAAUGAAUCGUCAAAUUCAAAAGAUGAUCAACGAUCAAAUCCAAGUCCUGGAUGUAAACGAAAGAAGCCAAUGCCACCAUUAAUUCCAAUUAAAAUGACGCCAGGUAGCACAUCGGCAAUGAAUCACGCAUCAAGUAAUAAAUCAGAUUCUGAUGGGAAUCAAUCGAGUGCUGAAGAAGGCAUUGAAUCUGACUUACAGCAAUAUAAAAUCAUCACAUCAUUAUUAUCCAAGCCAGAAUUAAGCGUCGAGAGUGUCAAUAAAAGUGGAACGAAUGACAAUCUUGCGAAAUUAAAAAAGAAAAGUUCAUUCUUUGAUAUGCUGCGGAAGAACUUAAUUGAGGGCAACGCGACAGGAAGUGAAGAUAAAAAUCUUGUUUGUAAAUGUAGUUAUGAGGCAAAGACGCUAUCGGAUCUUAUAAUUCACCAGAAAGCGUGUGGAAAACAGUCGGAAUCAUCACAUUCGCAAUUAUUCGGAUCCACUCGUUGUCAUUACUGUCGUCUUCGUUUUAAGACAAGUCAUGAUUUAAUGGCACACAUAUUAAAAUGUCCCGGUGCACAAAUUGAAUUGCUCGAAUCAUCAUCAGAAGCCAAUGGUGAUGAAAAGAUGACGCCAAUUGAUGACUAUAUGAGUGAUGAAGCAGCAAUUGACAAUCCAAAUGAGCGCCAUCCAAUGGAAAAUCGAGUUUUCAUUUGGAAUCAAUUGCCGAAAUCGAAGAAGGAGCCAUCAGAAACAAAUGAUGAUCAAACACUUGCAUCGGAUAAAAAUGAUGAUUCAGACGAUAAUAAUUUGGUCGUAAAUGAGGAUGAUGAUUUACCGGAACCGCCAAAUUUAACAGACAGUGAAUAUUUAGGCGUAGAAUCAGCACCAGGCUAUGGUGAAAUUACAAAGAAAAUUGAAGCUGGAGACGAUAUAAUUAAUACAGCCAUGAAGAAAGUUUUCAAAUGUCCACAUUGCUCGUUUUGGGCAUCAACAGCAUCACGUUUUCAUGUUCAUAUUGUUGGACAUUUGAAUAAGAAACCAUUUGAAUGUUCAUUAUGUGCAUAUCGUUCAAACUGGCGUUGGGAUAUUACAAAGCAUAUUAGGCUAAAGUUAUUGCGUGAUCCACAACAUGGAGAAGCUAAAGUUCUAAUGAAUGAUGAAACUGGACGUCGGAAUUAUUCAAAAUACAAUAGAUAUAUAACAUUGAUGAGAGUCAUGGAUAAGAAACACGAUGGAAAGCUUUCAAAAUCUGGAAUAUUAAACUAUUCUCCAAAAUCAUCGCUCGUCCAAGAAAAUAAUGUACAAUCGCCUCCAUCAUCAGCAUCAACACCAUUGUCUGUUUAUUCAGAUCCAGCAUUAAAUUUAACAGCAUCAACAGGCUCAUCACAAUUAAGUUCAAUGCUUUUGGAACAUCUGUCAAAGGACAUGACAUUCUUAAAGAAUCUUCAGAAUUUGCAGAGUCUCAAUAUGGUUGCAGCAUUAAAUACACAAAAUUUGUUGCAACAUCAACAGCAACAGCAACAACAAGCGGCUCAAGAAGCACAAGAUUCACAAGAAAAGCAUAAGGAAUCAGCUGAAAAGAAGACCCACUUCAAGUGCAAAAAGUGUAACUUUAAGCAUGGCGAUCGUGAGGUUGUUCUAGAGCAUGUGAAGACACAUUAUCGUGACGAUGGAACGCCACAAGAUAGAACCGUUGCAACACAACAAAGUCAGCAAACACAGCAAGCUUCAAAUGCUACCGAACUGGCUCCACCGCCUCCCAUACCAAUUCAAAUGCCAUUCCAGAUUAUGAGCAACUUGCUAAAUGGUCAUACGUCGGGUACAUCAAAUGUUCAUAAUCGAAAUCUUAUAACACUUGGUGGUGGUGGUAAUACCAAUCAAGCUAGCAAUCAAAAUCCGUCAAAUACACACCAAACACUCAAUUUCAAUUCUCAAAACACUCUUUUGACACCGGCGUCAUCUACUAAUGACGUUAAUAGAAAUAAUAACGGUAUGCCGGAGACGAAUUCGACGAAUAGUAAUAAUAAUUCGUUGAAAGGCUCUUUUCGUUGCGGGCAUUGUGGUCAAAUUUCUAACUGGAAGCAUGUUAUUCAGCGUCAUUGCCGUUUAAAGCACAAUGGGGACAUUCGCAUCGAGGUGGCUGGUCAGAAAAGCGAUAAAGUCGUCGUUCGUAAUCCCCAGCAACAGCAAUCCAACCAACAACAACAGCACCAUAACUUUCUUCAAGCCACAACAUCAUCAUCAGCGGCAUUGCCAACAACAGUUUCGUUGCAUGAAGGAUUGCACACACAAUUGACCGCAUCAAAUGUUGAUAAUGGCUUUAAACCAAUCAUACUUCCACAACGAAUGCCUACACUUGUUAUGACACCGACCACAUCAGGCAUUACCACAAUCAUGUCUCCACCGACGACAACGGAAAUGGCACAUCAAUUAGUCGACAAUCAAAAUAAAGAAAUUUCACUAGCAUCAAUGUUAAAAGUAGAGAUAAAUAGUGUUGAGGAUCACGAUAAGGUUGAGAAUGAGAUACCAACAAAUACAAUUUUUGUGCCACAAGGAAUACAAGGACUCACAUCCGGUGAUGCCACAACACUCAUCCUAAAUCAAUUUGGACAGAAAGCAAAGCGCUAUAAGUGCGAGAUGUGUCCAUAUGAAACAGAUUCCAAAUCACAAUUCCAAUAUCAUUCGUCAUUUCAUAAGCCUAGUCGAAAUGAGAGUUACCAGUGUAAAUAUUGUUCGUAUAAUGUCAGUAAACGUCAUUUAUUAAAUCAACAUAUGAAGAUGCAUGCAGCAAGUGGAACUAAUAUAGGUGAUGAUUUGAACGAGUUGCAAGGAAAUGUAUCAAAUCAUGAGCAGCCGACAGUAGAGCAGCAACUUACGACGGCUACAGAGAAAUAUAUGCAUUUUUGCUCAAUGUGUCCAGCACGUUACUUGUCAUUGCGUGAGAUAUUAAAUCAUGUCAAACUGCAUGAAGUCUCAGCUACUCAUAAAUGCGAUUAUUGUUCAUUCUCAUCGUCCGAUGACUCAAAUGUGAAGGCACAUAGUGCUGUACAUACGUCAUAUUAUCAAGAGAAAACGAAAGAGUUUAUGGCAAAAUAUAAACAAGCGCAAGACUACCCAAAUCCUGAAUUAUAUCCCAUCAAGCAUGGAUUUGAUGAUGCUGGAGCUAGUGAUGAUGUUUGGGUUGUUAAGAAUGACAAGAAAAAGACUCAAGAUGCUGAGACAAGUCCAACUGACGAGAAUAAAAUUGAUGAAAAAUGUCUCUACUGUCCAUUCCAAGCUACAUCUUUGGACGUACUCAAAAAUCACUUGCAAUAUCAUUUUGCAAUUAGUAACGUUAAUCGAGUUCAUAAAUGUGAACAUUGUGAUUUCUCAGUCGAAACUGCUGAACGUCUUCAAGAGCACAGCGAGCUCCACUUUGCAUUUUUAAAGAACGGUACCAAAUCACUCGACAUCUUCACAUCAUUCUGUGGACUUGAAUUAAAUGCAACCAAAAUUAAUACAAACUCAAAUGACGCUAAUAAUAAUGUGAAUGGUGAAAAUAUAAUUUUUAAAGAGAAAGAUGUUAAAAUUGAUAGUGAUUCUGAUAGUGAACGAAAAGAUAAAGUUAUCAUUGAUGUUUAAGCUUUAGGAGGAAAUAAUAAUUACGAUAAUAAGUUCUUUUUUAGUUUUGGGUCAAGUGUUGAAGUUUAGUUCUGAGUGGAUGGAAAAUUUAUUCAUGCAGAGGAUAUGAGACCAUAACCAAUAUAAAUGGAUUAUAAUGUUAACCGUAGACCAAAUAUGUUGCCAUAAUUUGCAUAUUAGGAUGACAGAUGCUGAAUUUUGGGUAAUCCUUUCAAUAAUUGCGUCAAGUUAUGUGAAUUCAGUGCUUGGCUACAGGAAUUAUUAUUUGUUAUGGUUUAAAAUAAUGCAGAGACUUGCUCAAUUGUGUUUACAGAAGUUUGUAGGAAGAAACUAGUAAAGGAGAUGCUCUUAGAGCUAAAUUCUUCAAAAUUCAGUUUUUAAACUCUUGUAGGACUAAGAAUAUCAAUUUAAACUUAAAAACUUUAAACAUAAAAAGCCCAAGAACUUUAAAAUCCCCUAGCUACGCAUCUGAUGCAAAUUGAAGAGAAUUUAAAACCAACUUUGAAUUUCACACUUCCAUAAGAACCUCAAAGCAUGCCUCACAUUAUUGUCAACACAUUCUUCCUCAAAUAAUCCAUAACAAAAAGUCCAAAUUGUAGUUUCAAGAGAUAUCCCAAUUGAAAAUAUCUCAAGGCUAAUUGAAAAUCAAUCAAUGUGAAAGUUAAUUGAGAAUGGUCAAAGCUCUACUGUAGAUAGAUUACAAAGUACGUCUGUGAUGUUUGCAAACUUAACAACAACACAUUGUAUAUAGCCAGUAGAGCAUUUUAAGAGGCUUACAAGCAAUUUUCCAUCUGAAAUUUCUGAACAACUUGUUAUAGCUAUG